UAGUAUAACUUCCAAUCCAAUUGUAUGAUAUUUUUACAAAUAAACCUCUAGCUCUAGCUCUCAAGUAUUGAACUAAUACAUCACACCAUACACCUAGGUGAUUGAUCAAGGGGGCGAUAAUUUUUAUUUACUGAUAACAUAUCGUAUCCUUCAUUUUAAACCAAUCGAAGUUGAGAAAUGUUUUUUUGUGAUAACGUGAAUAUUUAUUUAUUUAUUUUCUUAUUCCUAACUUCAGUAGAAGGAAGAAAAUAUUUAUCCUUAGCAACCCCUUCCAAAAGGGAAAGAAGAUUUGUAAAACAGGAACCUUUCUUUUUACCCCUUGCUGCCUUAGUCGGGGUAAAAAAAAAUAUGGCUUCAAAUUCAACGAUGUAAGUUUUGCUCCUGAAGAAAUCCUGGGAUGCUCAAAACGCAACGAUUUGCAUCCCAUUCUUCCAGGAUUUUUUCAAAGGUAUAUUAAUUAAUUAAAAUUUCUUCUUCUUUGCAAUCUUGUUCUUUUAGUCUCUUCUCUCCAAAAUGCAAAUCAUGAUCAAAGGUUCUUUUGAGUGUGUUGAUUCGAUGUUCAUCGUCAUUGAUUCACUUAUAUCGAUUGAAAAUUUGGAACACCUUCAAACAUGUUUCAUAGGAGGUUAUCUAGAAUGUGAUCGCAUUGAAAAUUUUUGAACCGUUUUGGCUUUUUCUUUUAUUACAAGGCCAAAGGAUUAGUGGAAAAAGCAACAAAAUGAUCGUCAAAAAGUGUUGAGUGAGAUUUUCUUAAUUCUAUUGACUUGUUUCUUUAUUCAGAUAGUAAGACAGACAUAAGUCAAAUUUCUAAUUUGUAGAUAAUCUAAAUGACUUACUUUUCCUUUCAUCCAUAGGAAACAAAUAUUUCCGGGGGCAAAUUGUAGAGAUACACUAACAUUUUCCAAUUGAUCAAAGCUAUGACACGAAGAUGUUGUUGGCCAAAGAUAUUUCGUAGUUGUUGCAAUUUUAGGUGUUGUAACGAUGUGAAUGACAAAGAUAAUCAUGAUGAGAAUAACGCCGACGACAAGAAUCAUCACAUAGAGCUAGCCACGGGAAGGGUUCAACUCAUCAACACGAUCCAGAAUUGGGAUGCCAAGCUCCUCGAGACCAAGAAACCUGGCAAGAUUGUCAUCCUCAAUUUUAGCUCUUCCUGGAGUAGUCCCUGUAGGAGAAUAGCUCAUCCCUACUGCAAGCUUGCUGAGAAAUACCCUUCUAUCACAUUUCUUACUGUCGACGUAGAUGCACUUGCGGAAAUGAGUUCGACAUGGGAAGUCAAGGCCACACCCACAUUUUUUUUCUUGAAAGAAGGGAAACAAGUGGACAAACUUGUUGGUGCAGACAAGCAAGAGCUCAAAACGAAGAUUGCUAACAUUGAUAGUCUACCUUCAUAGUAUUCCCAGGAACAAGUGCAAGUGAUUGUUUUGAAUAGAGAUUUGCCCUUAUCUUUUUCUUAGUGCUCUCUCAUCAGCAAAACAAAAUGUAAAACAAGUAUGAUAAAAAAAGGAUUCAAAGAGGAAGAGAGAUGUAUAUGUUUAUGGAAGUAGUAUGGUUGAGCAUACAUGGAUUGUAAUUUUGUAGUAAUACUUUUGCAUGCAAAGUGUAGAUUUAUUUUCUUUUCCAUGCUUUUGAAAUUUUGGAAACCAAGGACAUCUAUUGAGAGGGCUCAAAAGAAGGAUGAUUUUCACUAUAUCUCCAUUAAAAUGCUCAUAUUGUC